AUGUGGGUAUCGUACGAGUGGAGAGAAUGGAGGGAAUCGAAGCGGAAGGAGGCGUAGUGAAGGGGUUCAUCGGUGCGAUCCGGCCCCCGAGGUUGGAGGACGCCGGCCUGGAGUACUGCGCCCUCCCGCCAAAGUCCAUCAUGGAAGCCUUCUCUCGAGCUGCCGCCUCCCUCAAAUCUCGCGUCGCCGCGUCUUUCCCCGGCUCUGCAGACGACUACGUUGACGGAGAAGGCGGUGGAUGCGUUCAGGAAUCCGGCCCCAGCAACGGCCAGAUACCGGACAAUUGGUGUGGCAAUGGGGGAAGGGUGGCGGAGAUCGAAGGCGCUACGGAUGAGGUGGUCGUUUUUGGCGCCGGAGGUGGGGAGAUGGACAGAGACAGGGUUGUGGUUGUGGGUGGAGCAGGAUAUGGGGGAGAAGGCGGGGAAUCAGACUUUGGAGGCAAGGGAGGCUGCACCGGUGAUGGAAGACCGCUUCCAGGAGUGGAGACCGGGCAUGCCCAUGGAGAUUUGGACGACGAUGAUGAGCAUAAGGACGGACCUAUACUUAUUGAAGGACUGAUCUGAUUAUGAAUUCUUGCCAGGGUUCAGUUCCUCUUAUUAGUACUAUGCUUCCAUUGCUAUUGUUUUCAAUCUCUGUUUUUGUAAUUGUUGCAACGGAAUUAGAAUAUUUUUGUUUUCGUAUAAUGUUUGCUAACAAAAUGUGCGUUCUGUGGCGAUCUUGCUAGUUCUUAAGUUUGCAGA